CCUGCUCAGAAGAGGACAUGGACAUUUUCUCAAAAUCUGUUGUUAUCCUGAACAAUGGACAUAAAAUGCCAGUGAUUGGGUUUGGCACCUAUGCCCCGCAAAAAUUUCCUAAGAGCCAGUCAGAGGAAGCCACCAAGGUUGCCAUUGAGGUUGGGUAUCGCCAUAUCGAUAACGCCUAUAUUUAUGGAAAUGAAGUGGAAGUUGGUCAGGCAAUCUGGGAAAAGAUUGCAGAUGGAACCAUAAGGAGAGAAGAUGUUUUCUAUACUGGGAAGCUCUGGAGUACAUUUCAUACCCCAGAACUUGUCCAGCCUGCUCUAGAGAGGUCACUAAAGCAACUUCAGCUGGAUUACAUGGACCUGUUUAUUAUCCACAUGCCUCUGGAGAUGAAGGUAAGUUCUCUAAAGCUUCAUGUGUUAGGCGGACCAUCGAGGGAUAGGAUACGCUAAAUGCAUUUAACAUCCAA